CCCAUUAAAUCUCCGUCCCUAACCCCUCUCUCUCUCUCUCAACUCUCUAACACAGUCGCCUGUUACCUAUCCUACCCCCUGCCACCUCUCCGCCUCUCCCUAUGGUACAGCCGCUAGCCUCCCGCUGAUCGUCCCUUUGCUCUUCACGCUGGCAACGUCGUUGCUGCGUCCGGUGCUCCUGGUUGCUUCUUCUCUCUCCUCCGCCGAUCCCUCUGGUUCUCGUCGCUGCGUCCGCUGGUCCAUUUCUUCUGCCAUCCGGUGCUGUUCCUUGCCGCUGGUCCUCAUCCUCAGUCACGCCACUGCUGCUCCUCGCCACUACGGCCUCAGUCACUGCAGGUUUGAAUGGGUUUUGAGAUUGUGGUUUCAGAUGUGUGCUUUCUAAGAUUUGUGAGAUUAUUGAUGUGGAUUUCUGAAAUUUGUGGAAAUGUUAAGAUUUAUGUGAAUGUUCUUGGGGUUGUAUUUGUGAAAUUUGUUUUUAAAUUUGUUGAAAUAAACACUAUUGUGAAUGAAUUGAGGGUUGUUUUUGUGAGAUUAUUGAAAUGGGUUUAUGAAUUUUAUUGAAAUGUUAAUGUGAGAUCCCUGAAAAUUUGUGGAAAUGCUAAGAUUUAUGUAAAUGUGCCGAGGACUGUAAUUAAGAGAUUUAUUGAAAAUUUGUUAAAGUAAGACUAUCAUGAAUGAGUUAAGAGUUGUUUUUGUGAGAUUAGCGUAAUGCUAAUGUGAGAUUUUGUGUGAUUUUUUUUUUUUGUAUUAUGAGUUGAUCAGGUGGUUUUGGGUAAUGGUAAAUGGGUUUGGGAUGGAUACAAGUAGUGGAGUUAAAUUUGUAAACGGGUUUGGGUACUUUAAAUUCGUGGGUAGCCUAGCCAGUACCAUCCCUGAUCUAGGUUGCUUUACAUUGUAAUGGUGUGUCAUAAUGCUUAUGUAACGGGCAUGGAUUUGGAUACUGAUAGUUUAAAUCUGAGUUUCCUUUCUUUUGGCCAAUCCUUGACGACUCAAAAUAAGCUCAUCAAACCCUAGAUUGCAUGGCGAGUGUCAGCGGAAGCACUUCAUCUCCUCCCAAAUGCACCAGUGAAAAGCCUGUGGUUGUUAGGGUUAAGCGCAAGUCCAACCAGUCUCGACUGGAUGCCUUCUGGCUGGAAAUUAAUGAGAGGCCAUUAAAGCGCCCGCUGUUGGAUUUUGAGAAGUUGUCCAUUAGUUGUGAAUCAGUUCAUGGAAAAGUAGAGGAAUUGAAGACUAAGAAAGUUUUUGUACAACAUGUUGAGACGGUUAACAGCACGGAGGCCACUAUUGAUAUAUUACAAUCAUUUGUGCCUAAUUCGACUGAUGCAGUUGAAGUCAUUCCAAAAAGUAAAGAACGAAAACAGAUCUUCAGAAGGGAUAAUAAACAACAGCAGCUUUUGUCCAAGGCUAGAAAAAAUCAAGAGAUAUUGGCUCAAAAUGCCCGUUUUGAACAAAUUUGGAGGAGCCGUAGAGGUAACAAAGAGACUUCACAUGAUAAAGAACUACGUGACAUGUGCCAUUUCUAUGACAUUGUUCGUGUUGAUGUUGAGGAAAGAUCCAAUGAGUUGCAAGACGAAGUUAUGUCUUUGGAGGAUCAGAGGAUUCUUAGUAGCUACCUACCACUACUUAGAGAGUUUAUUCCAAGUGCUGCAGCACAGAUUGAAACUGAUGUACGAGAUUACAUGUCCAAGCAAGAUGAUUAUGUAUAUGACUAUUAUACCAUAAGGGAUGACAUGGAUAUAGGUGAUGAAGAUUCCUUAAGCCCUUUUCCUCUGGUUCAGGUAGAGGAUGAAGAUUUCUAUGAUGGGUUAGAUGAUGAAUCAGAAUACGAGAGUGAUGAUUCAAAUGCUGAGGACCAUCCAAGAAACGAUUAUCCUGAUGAAAUCUCCGAAGAGGAAGACGAAGUUGAAGAGGAGAGCGAAGCAUCAAGUGGUGAAUUAGAAGAUGCUGAUGAUACUAGUAGUACAUCUUCAGAAUUUGAGGAAUCGAGGCAUGGCUUGUCUGAAGAUGCAGUCCAAUAUGAAGAUGGAAUUUAUGAUGAUGAGGACGCUUUUGACUAUGAGGAUGAUGAUAACUUUGAUUAUGAUGACAACGACGGUGAUGAUGAUGGCAAUGCUUGGAGAUGAAAAUAAUGGGUAUUAUAUUUCUCAUUGCCUCUUGGUAGCCUGUAAACCUCCAUGUUGUCAUCUUUAAUGUCUAGUCUGACUUGAAAGAUUCAUACUUGCAUCUAAUGUGUGGAUCUUUGUCAUGGUCAUUCUAGUCAUCUUCAUGGAUGUUUAAUUGUAAAUCUAUACGUAGAAUAGCACUGUUAUUCCUCCUCGUUUUAGUAUUUUUUGUUUUUUUGGUUUGUUUUCCCUUCAAAACAGGGAGAGGUUUACAAUAAUAGAUUGUCAACAUAUUGCACUAAGUAUAGGUGGGUGUAGGAGUCUCUUUUGUUUUUGUAAAGAAUAUUUUACCUCUUUAGGGUGAGAAGAGUUAUUUUGAUUUGUUUAA